AUGACACGAAUUCAGCUUGGAACACCUCAGGAAAAAGAGCUGACUGCUCUCGUGCUGGCAAAGCUGAACGACUAUGGAUGGGCAGAUAAUGAUGUUCUCGCCAAUUUCAUCGUGGUCAUGAUCGCUAAUGAUAAGUCUAGAGAUGAUAUAAUCACGGAGCUAAAUGACAUUUUGCCUGGAGAAGCACCCUUAUUUGCUGAAUGGUUGUUUGGAGCUAUCGACAAUAUUGUGGAUCAAGGGGCACAAGAAACUUCAUCGCAUCCUGCAGCUCCUCAGCAGGCCAUCUCUCAAGACCAAAUUUCAAAUGAUAUACCAGAGUCAAUGGAACUAGUAAGAAAAGAGUCUCCUGUAGCUGCAACAUCUCCAGAUUUAGGAUCAUUAAGUUCUCGUCAGCAACGUCAUCACCAUCACAAUUCUGAGAGACGCGCGCCAGGCAGACUCUUACAGAGUGCAAUCAGUAGUGCUACCAGAUCUGAGUCAUCACCACCUAUUUCAACAUCAUCUCUUCGACACCGAGAGGCUCCAUCCAGAAUCUAUGAAGACGACAGCAGAGGGAGGGAAAGGAGACACGAGUCUCCUCGACGACCCGCAACAUCGCGUGGAAUGAGUUCCAGUCCCGUACGAUCUAGAGAGGGGCUCACAACAGGUCGUGGAAAGGAGGAGAGAAUCCGUUUCCGAAGGACCAGUGCUGAACGUGCUCAGGAUGAAGCUAGAAUCAAUGCUCGUUUGGGUAUCAAGGGAGGGAGAGGAGGGGGAGGCGGAGGAUCAGGAGAUCGUUUAAAAGGACGUUUGGGAAAUAUCGACAGUCGUCUUGGAUGGAGAGAUAACCAUACUGAUAAUGAUGAUACUAGACGUGUUCGUUCUCGAGAGCGCUCAUGGGACACCAACAAUGACUAUCAUGACAGGAGAGAUCGUCAGAACAAAAACAACAGCAACAGCAAGCGCACUGAUCGGGAUGCAUUAAGGGAUAUUGAACGUCGACUUGGCACACGCACUCGCCCUCUACAUGAUGACAGUGAUACCGAUGGCUAUAAUAAUAAUAGCGAUAUUCCUAGCCAACCUGCCUCAUGGUCUAGAGACCCAGAGAAGAUGCUUCGCGUCGAGGCAGAAAUUACACGCCGGGCCGUGGAUGCUGCUAUAGCGAACAAGACUCGAUGUCGGUUCUGGCCUAGCUGUUCUCAGGGAGAUGCAUGUCAUUAUUGGCAUCCACGCGAGCUCUGUGCAGAAUUUCCCAAUUGUCCUAAGACAGCGGACACAUGCCUCUACAUUCAUCCACUUGCAGAGCCAACAGCGGAGCAGGUUGCUGCUGCUGCUCGUCAGGCUCUGGUGCAAUCUAUGAAGGCACGUAGCCCUAAAAGUGAGAUCGGCAACAGUAAUAACAACCUGAUGAAUGGUGCGGGAGGAGACGACAGCUCAGCAUUAAUUACGAACGCACUGCAAAUGCCAUUCGCAUUGGGAUCAACGACACUUCAGGAAUGCAAGUUUGGAGCACGAUGCACUCGAUCAGAUUGCAAGUUCCGCCAUCCUCAGGGAGGCGAUCCAAGCCAACCUCUGUGCCGUUUCUUUCCGAACUGUACUAAACCCAACUGCCCAUUCUUCCAUCCUCCUUAUGGUGAGCCACUAGCAGCAAAGGAUGUAAGCAUGGACGAGUCAGGCUCCACCAAUGGCGAAGGAGUGAAUCGAAUCCCUACAGCUUGUCGAUUUGGAGACCAAUGUACCCGUCCUGGUUGCCAUUUUACACAUCCACGUGAUGGCACCGGCACUGUAGCAGCAAAAUCCAAUAUGCCCAUGUGCAAAUUCAAUCCAUGUACACGCCCUGGAUGUCCAUUCCGUCAUCUUGCUGGUGGAAGUGGAGCACCCAAUAGGACCUUGGUGUUAAACAAAUCUACAAAUAACACCAGUGAACGAUUUGCAAGUGGUAUCGUUGCAGAUGGUGAAGUUGAAAAACUAUAUGUCCCAGCCAGUUCACAUUGGGCCAACGGCGGCGUCAGUCAUCAACCACAGCAACAAUCACUUGACUCGGAGCAGCAGUUACAACAGGAUAAUGCAGCGAUCCAGGCAGAGAUGGACAUGGACAUGGAUAUAAUUGUUUGA